CCAAGUUGGCUACAUGUAACUAUGUGUGUGGAAAACAUUUCAUCACAUCAUUUGAUCCUGGACAACACCCUGUCGUUCUCAACUAACAUCAAGGCGGUGGCCCGUUCCUGUAGGUUCAUGCUCUACAACAUCCGCAGAGUACGACCCUGCCUCACACAGGAAGCGGCGCAGGUCCUAAUCCAGGCACUUGUCAUCUUCCGUCUGGAUUACUGCAACUCGCUGUUGGCUGGGCUCCCUGCCUGUGCCAUUAAACCCCUACAACUCAUCCAGAACGCCGCAGCCCGUCUGGUGUUCAACCUUCCCAAGUUCUCUCACGUCACCCCGCUCCUCCACUGGCUUCCAGUUGAAGCUCGCAUCCGCUACAAGACCAUGGUGCUUGCCUACGGAGCUGUGAGGGGAACGGCACCUCAGUACCUCCAGGCUCUGAUCAGGCCCUACACCCAAACAAGGGCACUGCGUUCAUCCACCUCUGGCCUGCUCGCCUCCCUACCACUGAGGAAGUACAGUUCCCGCUCAGCCCAGUCAAAACUGUUCGCUGCUCUGGCUCCCCAAUGGUGGAACACACUCCCUCACGACGCCAGGAUAGCGGAGUCAAUCACCACCUUCCGGAGACACCUGAAACCCCACCUCUUUAAGGAAUACCUAGGAUAGGAUAAAGUAA